ACAUGAGCAAAUGUCAACAUCUAUAUCUUUAUGUAAAAAAAAAAAAAUAGCAGAUUCUCCUGGCAGAAUGAGACAGAGUGAAGGAGUCGUUUUCCCGUCUAAAUGAAAUAGAUGGUUUGAGAUAGUUGGCCUGGGGCUAUACACCUGUGCGUGUGCGUGUUCGUGUAAAAACUGUGAGCUGAAGACAGCCUACGUAUACCGUUCUUUUGCUCCAAACUUGCCUUUCUCUAGAGGUGAAAAAAAAAAUGACUCAGAAGGAGUGACCCCGAGGCUCUUCUCCCAGAAUUGACGGUAUCUGGUCGGUCUAUAGGGCAGCAGCCAUGGUGUUGAUCCUGGGCAGACGGCUCAACAGGGAGGACUCUGGGACCAGGGACUCCCCCGCCGUCAAACGAAAGGUAUUCGAAGUGGACUCCAAAACCCUGACCGGUAAUGAAGUUCUGGAGUUCUCAUCCGGCUCCUCCCACUCGGAGGCCAUCUUGCAGGUGUUCAACGAGUUCCGCGACAGCCGCCUCUUCACCGACGUGGUCAUCAGCGUGCAGGGCCGCGAGUUCCCCUGCCACCGCGCUGUGCUCUCUGCCUGUUCCUCCUACUUCCGUGCCAUGUUCUGCAAUGACCACCGCGAGUCACGUGAGAUGCUGGUGGAGAUCAACGGCAUCCUGGCCGAGGCCAUGGACUCUUUCCUCAGCUACGUCUACACGGGCCGCGCCAAGAUCACCACCGACAACGUGCAGUUCCUCUUCGAGACCUCCAGCCUCUUCCAGAUCUCCACGCUCCGCGACGCCUGCGCCAAGUUCCUGGAAGACCAGCUCGACCCCUGCAACUGCUUGGGCAUCCAACGCUUCGCCGACGCCCACGCUCUGAAACAGCUGGCCAGCCGCUGCCGCUCGUACGCCCUGGCCAACUUCCCUGACGUGGCCCAGCACGAGGAGUUCCUGGACCUGAGGAGAGAUGAGCUGGAGGAGUACAUCUGCAGUGACGAACUGGCCAUCGGGAAGGAGGAGGUGGUGUUUGAGGCGGUGAUGCGCUGGGUGUACCACAGUGUGGAGCCCCGGAGGCCCGUGCUUAAGGACCUGCUGCACCACGUCCGGCUGCCCCUGCUGCACCCAAACUACUUUGUCCAGACAGUGGAAGGAGACCAGAUCAUCCAGACGGCGCCAGAGUGCUACCAGCUCCUCCACGAGGCCCGGCGGUACCACGUACUGGGCAACGAGAUGAUGUCCCCCAGGACCCGCCCACGCAGGUCGACUGGCUACUCAGAGGUGAUUGUGGUGGUGGGGGGCUGUGAGCGGGUGGGAGGGUUCAACCUGCCCUACACAGAGUGUUACGACCCUGUGACGGGAGAGUGGAAGGCCCUGGCCAAGCUCCCAGAGUUCACCAAGUCAGAGUACGCCGUCUGUGCCCUCCGCAAUGACAUCCUGGUCUCAGGGGGUCGUAUCAAUGGCAGAGACGUGUGGAUGUACAACUCCCAGCUCAACCUGUGGAUCAGAGUGGCAUCACUCAACAAGGGACGCUGGAGACACAAGAUGGGCGUCCUACUGGGGAAGGUCUAUGCAGUGGGAGGGUAUGACGGCCAGAGUCGUUUAAGCAGUGUGGAGUGCUAUGAUUCCUUCUCUAACCGCUGGACAGAGGUGGCUCCCAUGAAGGAGGCAGUCAGUUCACCGGCCGUGUCCAGCUGUGCUGGGAAACUCUUUGUCAUCGGCGGAGGGCCAGACGACAACACUUGCUCUGACAAGGUCCAGUGCUAUGACCCAGAGGCAGACACCUGGGUACUAAGGGCAAGCAUCCCCAUCGCGAAGCGCUGCAUCACGGCGGUCUCCCUGAACAACCUGAUCUAUGUGACAGGAGGUCUCACCAAGUCCAUCUUCUGCUACGACCCUGCAGAGGACUACUGGAUGCACGUGGUGCACACCUUCAGCAAACAGGAGAGCUGUGGCAUGUCUGUGUGUAAUGGGAAGAUCUUCAUCCUGGGUGGGCGGGGUGAGAACGGCGAGGCCUCAGACACCAUCCUGUGUUACGACCCGGCAACAGGCAUCAUCACCGGGGUGGCCGCCAUGCCUCGCCCCAUCUCCUACCAUGGCUGUGUUACCAUCCACCGUUACAACGAGAAGUUCCUCCACCGGCCCUGACCCCACACACACACACACACACACACACACACACACACACACACACACACACACACACACACACACACACACACACACACACACACACACACACACACACACACACACACACACACACACACACACACACACACACACACACACACACACACACACACACAGGCUUAUACAUAAACACGCUUUCAGACACACUGAAAAAAAGAUGUAUUGAGACACACUCUCUUUAAAAAUGCUGCAAACAGACAUGCACGCAUAAUCACCCCACUUACACACACACGUUCUGGAUUCACCUCAAGAAGCAACUUGUUUAAAAAUUCAGACCACCUACAGCCCCAGUUUCUGAUUAAAUUAUUCACUCAUUGUCUUAUGUAGCAACUCUCUCUGUGGUUGGUAUCAUGGAAUUCCUGUUAUGCUACUGCAGAUCCAUCUCUGUCAGUUGUUGUUUUCUGGAGAACCAAAUCACAGACCGUCUGUUAGGCCUCCAGACGCCACAUCAGUAUGUCAGCAUCAGUGUGUAGGCUGUGGGCAUUCCUGGGCCGGUAGCAGCUCCUCAGCUGCUCUUCCUAAGAACCAGAGAUUCUGGUCUUUGAAAGUAAACAAAGGGUUGCUUUUUGAGAUGAUGUAUGUUGUCAUGUGCUGACAGGGAAUAGUGAUAGUAAUCAAGAACAAAGAUCUGAUUCAGACUUGAGAGAAAUGAAUUGGAACCUGGCUCUGAUUGACCAGGGGGUGGUACAGGAAGGAUUAUAAAAGGCAAAAGGUUAUACUCAUCACUCCAUUGGCUGUAUUCCAACUGUCUUAAAAUCACUUGAUAGUAUCAUGGAAACUGAUAACAGUACAUGUAUCAUGAAAUGUAUGGGAGUCCUUUUACCUGGAAGCCCAGAGGGUAGGGGUGGAAGCUAGAGGUUAAAAAUGUGCUCGAACUGAGUUUCAUGACUUCAAUUUGAUAUGCAGUUAAGCAGUGAUUGUUCGGUAUAAUUAUACAGUACCAGUCAACAGUUUGGACACACCUGCUAAUUCAAGGGUUUUAAUUUAUUUUUACUAUUUUUUAUUAUUGUAGAAUAAUAAUGAAGACAUCAAAACUACGAAAUAACACAUAUGGAAUCAUGUAGUAACCAACAAAAGUGUUCAACAAAUCAAAAUAUAUUUUAGAUUCUUCAAAGUAGCCACUAUUUGCCUUGAUGACAGCUUUGUACACUCUUGGCAUUCUCUCAACCAGCAUCAUGAAGUAGUCACCUGGAAUGCAUUAACAGGUGUGUUAAUUUGUAGAAUUGAUUUCCUUCUUAAUGCAUUUGAGACAAUCAGUUGUGUUGUGACAAGGUAGGGGGGGUAUACAAAAGAUAGCCCUAUUUGCUAAAAGGCCCCAAAAAUAUAUUUUGAUUUGUGUAACACUUUUUUGGUUGCUACAUGAUUCCAUAUGUAUUAUUUUAUAGUUUUGAUGUCUUCAUUAUUAUUCUACAUUGUAGACAAUAGUAAAAAUUAAGAAAAACCCUGAAAUGAGUAGGUGUGCCCAAACUUUUGACUGGUACUGUAUAUAUUUUAAUAGCUGAUUGGAAAAACAGAGGCCAUGUCCAAAUAGUAUGAAAUGUCUUACUUCCAUUGUCAAUUACAUGAUUGAAAGGAGGCAAGGAAAGGAGGCCAUAUGAGAGCAUUGGGACGCAGCCAGAACCUUUGCUGUUGUCUCUGCUCCUCUCUCCUCUCCUCCUGCUGUGGUCUGAACUCUGAAUCUGCUCUCUCCUAUUUCAAUUUCCUGUCAGAGCUUCCCUUUACUUCCUGUUUCCUUAUCAUCUAUUUUCUCCUCAUAUCCUACCUCUUAGAUUUUCAUCUUUCCCGGUCGCCCUCCCUUUAAUCUUUGGUACACACAUACACUACCGUUUAAAAGUUUGGGGUCACUUAGAUAUGUCCAUUAAAAUAACAUCAAAUUGAUCAGAAAUACAGUGUAGACAUUGUUAAUGUUGUAAAUUACUUUUGUUGCAGGAAACGGCAGAUUUUUUAUGGAAUAUCUACAUAGGCGUACAGAGGUCCAUUAUCAGCAACCAUCACUCCUGUAUUCCAAUGGCACGUUGUGUUAGCUAAUACAAGUUUAUAAUUUAAAAAUGCUAAUUGAUCAUUUGAAAACCCUUUUGCAAUUAUGUUAGCACAGCUGAAAACAGUCGUUCUGAUUAAAGAAGCAAUAAAACUGGCCUUCUUUAAACUAGUUGAGUAUCUGUAGCAUCAGCAUUUGUGGAUUUGAUUACAGGCUCAAAAUGGCCAGAAACAUUCUUCUGAAACUCGUCAGUCUAUUCUUGUUCUGAGAAAUUAAGUCUAUUCCAUGCAAGAAAUUGCCUAGAAACUGAAGAUCUCGUACAGCGCUGUGUACUACUCCCUUCACAGAACAGCUCAAACUGUCUCUAAACAGAACAGAGUGGGAGGCCCCGGUGCACAACUAAGCAAGAGGACAAGUAUAUUAGAGUUAGUUUGAGAAACAGACACCUCACAAGUCCCCAACUGGCAGCUUCAUUAAAUAGUACCCACAAAACACCAGUCUCAAUGUCAACAGUGAAGAGGCGACUCCAGGAUACUGGCCUUCUAGGCAGAGUUGCAAAGAAAAAUCCAUAUCACAUUUCAUGUAUGUUUUCAUGGAAAACAAAGACCUAAGUGACCCCAAACAUUUGAACGGUAGUGUACCUAUAUACACACAAAUAAACACACACACAGACAUUUUUUUUAUUUUGGAAUUUAUUAAAUUAUAUUUUGUCUUUUUUUUACCAUUGGAUAUUUGUACUGGCGUAGCUUUACCUGUGUGUUUGUUGCUCCAUGUGUUGGAUAGUUGAUCUGGAUGUUGGGUGUGUGGCUGAUUUAGUCCACUUCAGAUGUCUUUGUAUAUCAAGACUGUUCUGAAUGACUGGUACAGUAUAUCAUGUGACUUUUACCGUAUGUAAACCGCGUUACGUCAUAAUAGACUGUUUGCUAUUGUGCCGCUUACCCAGUGGCCUUGCUUCAUGUUUGCAAAUUCUAUAGAACUCUGUGCCAUACGUAGACGGUGUCACCUCUCACCUGUAUACUCAUGUAAUGUACAGCUCAUGUACACAGUGUAGCUCGGGGUAACCAUGGUGACCUCCAGGUGUGUGCCGUCUGCUCAGGUAAUACACUGGCACCAGUGUAUUACCUCACACAGGAUAUGAUUGAUUGGCAGGUGUGAUGGCAGAAAUGUCUUUGUGUUGAUUCUGGUCAGUAAAAGUCUCCUUUUACUUUUGGUGUCAUUAGAAUAGAGAUGUAUUGCUGUGAAUUUGGUAACUUUAAGCCUUUUUAUUUACUCCAUUUUGAUUUAAAUGUAUCUGUCUUUGUUGAUUGUGUUUUUUUUUGUAUCCGAGAGCCCCAAUUGUGCACUUUCACUAUUAUAUGUAGAGUGAAAAUGAAAAUAUCACAAUGUAAAUAUGAUUUUAGAUUUUCUUUGUUUACUGUAUCAGUAAAUGUUCUUUGCUUUCAUGUGACGUAUGUGAGUAUAGUGAAUGGAGCCAGUCAGCAACUCCAACUGGUCUGUGCCUGCUAUUCCUCUGAUUCCUCACAAAGAGCACAACUAUAAUAUGUGAGAUGAAGAUCAACACAGGGAGAGAGAAGGGGGGGAGCACUCCGUUAUUGGGUAAUGGGUAAGGGACGGUUUUGUUACUCAAUUAUGAUUUGACUAAAUAAAAUGUUAUAUAAAUUUAAACAAAAUAAAUGUAAGAUGCAAUAGAAUAAUAUUAGGAUAUAUCUGGAUCUGACAAAGUGAAAUGAAAUGCUUGUUGGCUUAAUCUACAUUCCAGACAUUCAUGUGGAUGGCUGAUUUGAUUUUUGUGUGAAAUUCACAGUGGUAAACCACCGGAAGCAAUAUUGGAUUAGAGGAAUGUUGGAAUUCUUCAGAACCCCUCAAGUGUAUCCUCAUUCUCUCCCAGAAUUCCUAGCUCAGGGUUUUAACUCAGUGGCACACAACCAGAGGAGGCUGGCAGGCGAGAGAGAGAGAGAGUGUGUGAGUGCGUCUGUGACUUCAUUGAGUAUUUACCAUAACAGGACAAAACAACAUUGUCCUCAUGUCUAUGUAUCACCAUGAUUUAUGUUUUUCAUUGUUAGCAGUGUAGAGGUUUUCAUGUUUCUGCCUUGUUGAGAUGAUCCUUUUGUUCUGAUCAUAUUGGUACUCUUUCUAUAGCUGUUAUUGCGGUGAGUGCUGGGAUAAGGGUUAGGACUGUGUGUGAUUGCGUGAUGCUUGUUUAUGACAAUCUGUCCCAUGCAAAUGGUCUCUAUUCUAUUUUGGAUGACUCUCAGUGGGCAAGACCUGGACAGGGGAGAAGUGAUUGAUGGAUGUGAAUGUAGCGUUAGGCCUUCGGCUCAGAUCAAAUCCCACAGGUGACGUUGUUUUGAACCUGCUUCUAUGGGAACCUGGAUUUAAACUGUGGAUUUGAUGAACUAGUGCAGCCUAAAGUUCUUGUGUACAAGAUGGGGGGGGGGGGGGGGGGUAGUACUAUCUGGAGAAUGCAGUUCUUUAUACCUUAAUGGAAUAAGCCAAUAUUGGAUUAAAGUAUGUAUGAUGUGAUGCUUGUAUCUUUUGUUCUUCUGUUUGUCACUGAAAAGUAACUUGGACUGUCUGAGCUACAGUAUAUCAGACUGUAAUUGCUCACUUGUGUAAAUGAAGCAUCAAUAAAGUUAUUCUUUAUAAUGAA